CAGGAGGGGGCGCGGCCUCGCGGCAGUCAGGCUCGGAGGAGGGUGAGGUGUGGGUCGUGUCCAGUGUGGACGGAGCCCGGGCACUUCGUCAUUCUGGGGCGCGGAAGACUGGGGUUUCGCGCCCCUUGGCUCUUUGCGUGUGUUUCCCAGCGUGUCUCCUAACCCAACGCCCGUUCUCGCGGUCGCCUCGUGCAGAGCUGCUCCUGGGUCCCGCCCCGGGCGGACGGCUGUCACCGCGCUUCGGGCCGGACGAUGCCCAAGAAGCUGCUUCUGCUGCCCCCGCUGAACCCGUACUCCGCCUUCCGUGCCCCGCGAGCACACCCCGCAGCCCCGCCAGCCAUGAACGCCGCUCGCACUGGCUACCGCGUCUUCUCAGCCAACUCCACGGCCGCCUGCACGGAACUGGCCAAGCGCAUCACCGAGCGACUUGGUGCUGAAUUGGGAAAAUCUGUUGUAUACCAAGAGACAAACGGAGAAACAAGAGUUGAAAUAAAAGAAUCUGUUCGUGGCCAAGAUAUUUUCAUUAUACAGACCAUACCAAGAGAUGUCAAUACAGCUGUGAUGGAGCUACUGAUCAUGGCUUACGCACUGAAGACUUCCUGUGCCAGGAACAUCAUUGGGGUCAUUCCCUACUUCCCCUACAGCAAGCAAAGCAAGAUGAGGAAGAGGGGCUCCAUUGUGUGCAAGCUCCUGGCUUCCAUGCUGGCCAAAGCAGGUUUAACUCACAUUAUCACUAUGGAUCUUCACCAAAAGGAAAUACAAGGCUUUUUCAGCUUCCCUGUGGACAACCUUAGAGCCUCACCUUUCCUGCUUCAGUACAUCCAGGAAGAAAUUCCAAAUUACAGAAACGCAGUCAUUGUAGCUAAAUCUCCUGAUGCUGCAAAAAGAGCUCAGUCCUAUGCUGAGAGGUUGCGUCUGGGGUUGGCUGUGAUCCACGGAGAAGCUCAGUGCACUGAGCUGGACAUGGAUGAUGGUCGCCAUUCUCCCCCGAUGGUCAAAAAUGCCACUGUGCACCCAGGCCUGGAGUUGCCACUGAUGAUGGCCAAAGAGAAGCCACCAAUAACCGUGGUUGGAGAUGUGGGAGGACGCAUCGCAAUCAUAGUGGAUGACAUUAUUGACGAUGUGGAGAGCUUUGUUGCUGCUGCGGAGAUCCUAAAAGAGAGGGGUGCUUACAAGAUCUAUGUUAUGGCUACUCACGGCAUCCUGUCUGCUGAAGCUCCCCGCCUGAUUGAGGAGUCCUCCAUUGAUGAGGUUGUGGUGACAAACACUGUCCCUCAUGAGAUUCAGAAGCUGCAGUGUCCCAAGAUAAAGACAGUGGAUAUCAGUUUGAUUCUUUCUGAAGCAAUCCGGAGAAUCCACAAUGGAGAGUCCAUGGCUUACCUCUUCCGGAACAUCACAGUGGAUGACUAAGCUGCUUCAUCCUCACAUGCUGGAGGAGACCUGCUCAAAGCAGCGCCAGCAGCCACACACACAGCAUUUCUCUGCAGGAAAGGAAUGGAGAUAGUGGGAAGCUAGGUGUCUCUCUCACCAAGCGUGGUGAGGAGGGGCAUUCAUAUAGUAAAGAAAGCAAACUAGUGAUAAGCAACAUGACCUUAAGUGUUUCCCCUCGCCAGCGCUGUUCCUCUGUAGAAGCUACAGACACUCCUGAAAAGAAUCUGAAAAUUGUUACAGUGAAGCAGAGUUAAAAGCAGCUAAGGUGUUAAUUCUGUGAUGUUCACUCAUUGGUUUCAAUCCAGAGAAUGCAGGAGUGAUGUUGAACUCGGCCGAGGAGCUAAGUGACCCUGCCACUAUCUCUGUCCAGUUGUCCUCUACCUAGUUCAUAUAAGUUUUUCUGUAGCAAAUCCCAUUUUUCUUUCUGUCAUGCUACUGCCAUGGAACAGCAAAGCAUUUAUGUUUUUGUUCCUCUUGGAGUUAUCAUGCUGCAGGCCAUCUCUGGGCAUCUGUGUCACCCUGAAAUUGCAAAUAAAAAAUUUUGUUAUCUCCCUA